UAUCUCGUGUGGCGGCUGUGUGCAUUUGCAAGCUUGCUCGAGGGUUGCGAAAAAGUGUGAAAAUCUGUGAAAAAACCCAUUCGCUCAUACAAUAAACAUCACUACGCUCUUCGCCACGGCCAUGUGAAGUGUUCGCGGUGUGAAAAGAAUGAGGAUCUCAGGAGAAUCAUUGGAAAAGUGGGAGUGAAAAGUAUCGAGGGAAUUGUGACAAAUGCAGUGCCGAUUCAAGAUGGCUAUUUUGUAUUGACAACAAGAGGCGAGAGGGGAAAAAGUGAAAAUUCACGGUGAAAAAGCCCAUCCUGAGGCUCUGCAGGAACAGUGAACGCGAGCAGUCGAGUUAGCUAGCCAAUAUGUCGGUUCACUACAAGUUCAAGAGUGCCCUGGACUUUGACACAAUCACCUUCGAUGGACUCCACAUUUCCGUGGCGGAUCUCAAGAAGGCAAUUAUCCAGCAGAAGCGCAUCGGGAAGAUUGCGGACUUCGAUCUGCAGAUCACCAAUGCCCAGACGAAAGAGGAGUACACUGAUGACGCCACGCUGAUUCCGAAGAACACUUCCCUGACCAUUGCCAGGAUUCCGCUGGCUGUGCAGCCGAAGAAACAAUGGGAGCCCAGCAUGGAUAAGAGUUCAGCGACGAGGAUGCCUGUGGAGACUGAAAGAGCGCACGUUGAUUUGUCUCGAAUCAAUGGAUCGGAAGAGGACAAGAUAAACGCUAUGAUGAUGCAAAGUACAGCUGAUUAUGAUCCCACAAACUACCAGAAAAUUCGCGGAUCCAACCAAACUGGUGAAGUGCCCAUGAAUUAUCGGUGCUUCAAAUGCCACAAGCCUGGGCACUGGAUUAAGAACUGCCCAUUAAUUGGAUCAUCGGAAAUGACAGAAGUGAAGAGGAAUACAGGCAUUCCCAGGUCUUUUAUUGAGCAACAGCAGAAUGAAUUAAUUCAGCAACCAGUAAUUCAGCCACCAGUGGAGAAGAAGCAGGAAAUCCCCGAGGAUUUAAUCUGUAGCAUUUGCAAGGAUCUCUUUACCGAUGCCGUAAUGAUUCCGUGCUGUGGCAGUUCUUUUUGCGAUGAGUGUGUACGCACAGCACUGCUGGAGUCUGAGGACAAUGAGUGUCCGGAUUGCCACGAGAAGGGCUCAUCUCCUGGAUCUCUGAUACCCAAUCGUUUUCUGCGGAAUUCGGUGAACUCUUUCAAGAAUGAGACGGGUUACAAUAGAAAGCCCGUUUCGAAACCUAAGGUGGCCGUUGUGGUGCCGCCGGAACCCGAGAAGGAGCCUGAGAAGAUUGAGGAGAAGGAAGAGAGCGAUUAUGAGGAUAACAUUACAGUCACAGUUCCGCCGGCGCACUUGCAGUGUCGCGGUGGACUUCGCGAGGGACAGAUUAACGGUCGUGGUCGCGAUGAAUCGCCUAGAAGUCGCCAUCUCACUGCUCUGGUGGAUGAGGAGCGCUCAGAAACGCCAACUGUGGAUGAGAAUGACAUUUAUGCGGGCUUGACUGAGGAAAUGCCACAUCGGCGUCGAUCAAUGGACAAACACAUGCACGGAGAUGAGAUGAAGAGACGCUCUCCUGAUCAGCACUAUGGAUAUCGUGACAUGAUGCCUACGGGUGCUUAUGGACGCCACAGAGGGGAUUACAUGCCGCCACACCAGCAGCCACAGCCGCUGUUUCCGACUCAGCCGCGUCCGUUGUUCGAUCAGGGUCCGUACGGAGGAAAUCAUCGAGUUCCUUACCACAAUCGCAUGCCUCCAGGUGGAUAUCCAUCCAGAGGAAUGCGUCCAGGACCGCCAAUUCACACGCUGGCAUCAGUGUAUCAAGGUGUGGCGGCAAAAGUAGGUCCGGGCAUAAUUGAUGAUCCCUUGGAGGCGUUUAAUCGCAUAAUGCGCGAGAAAGAGCGCCGAAAGGAGCGUCGCAGAUCACGAUCUCCGGAAAUGGAUCACAGAAGGCCGCCCAGAAGAAGGAUUUCGCGUGGCAGGAGUCCGGAUAUGCGGCGUCAGCGGUCGCCAGAGAGACGAUCGGAGGAUAGACGAAGGAAGAGGAGCAGUUCAUACAGUCGCAGCUCAAGGAGUUCCAGAUCUCGAUCUAGAACACCACGGAAGAUCUCCAGAUCACCGAGAAAGCGCUCGCGUACGCCGAGGAAUCGGACGAGGAGUCGAUCUCCGUCCUUCAGCAUUAGUCGGUCGAGAUCACGUUCAAUUUCACCAGCUGGUCGAUAUAGAGAUCGAGGACCACAACAUAAUCGAAACAAUAGAUCACCACCACAUUCACGUUCACCUCCUAGGCACCGACCUAGAGAGCAUCGACGCGGCGACAGGAGAGACAGAGAUGACUUCCCGAGAGAGAGUUAUCGUGAUAAAUCACCACCGGGAGGAUAUAAUCGUGGAAAUCGAGGAUACGCUCGCAACAGUCGCGGUCGUGGUCCAAACUAUAACCAACGCGAUCGUCCACCAUUGCUGCCACAUCCUUCAUCGCAGCCUCAACAGCCACUGGAUCCAUACUAUCAAUCAUCCGGCGCUGUGCCGUCAAUGGGAUACUAUCCAGACGACAACUAUCAGAGAUAUCCUUCUCGCGGACCUCCGGGCCAACCGCCGCCGUACAUCACAAAUUUAACCCCUAUUGAGCCUCAUCGGUUUGACGAAGGACCGCGGGAGAAGGAGAACUUCCCGGAGAUGGCUAAGGAAGUGGAUCAGCCACCCGUGCCGGGACUGGAAGGUGCUGAGCGCUUUGAGAAGUAUCCCAAAGAGUCUUACACGUUUUCAGAAGCGACGCUUGGCAGUGUAGCCGACGAGGCGAAGUCACCGAAGGAUCCGCUGCCGGACAGCAGCACGUGUGAGGAGAGGCGUAUAGAGGAGAAGCGCAACGAGGAGAAGUCUGGGCAGAAAACGCGAUCACGCUCGAAGGAAGUGAGGAGGAAUCGUGAACGUUCAAGGACGAGGACGCCCAAUAAGUGGGACAUCAGGAGGGCGACUAGCAAGGAGAAGAAUCGUGAGCGAGAGUCCACGAAGACGCACUCGAGCAGACGAGGUGGUGAGGAGAAGAAGCGAGUGGAGAGCAGUAGUCGGGUGAAGGAGCGUGGUGAGGAGAAAAAGUACAGAGAGUCGUCUGAGGAUGAUGCGAAGAAGAGAUCAAAGGAGAAGAAGAAGCGCAAGAAGGAGCGUGAAAUGGAGAAGGAGAAGAAGAGGAACAAGAAGGAGAAGAGGCGUGAGAAGGAAGCGAAGUCGGAGAAGUCUAGAGGAUCCCGCGUAGAGGCUGACUUGAGGGUUGAGUCAUCAGUGGUUGAGGAGGCGGCGGAGAAAGUGGUAGAGAAGGCGCAGAGUGCUGAAGAGGAGUCAACGACGCCAAAUCAUAGAAUUCUGAAGGAGGAUGAAGUGAAUGAGCAAAAGCUGGACAUGUCAUGUGAUCUGUAUGGGGAUAUUAUGGACAAGAAUGACAUUAAUAUGGAAUUUGGACAGGCAGAUGAGAAAACAGGUGAUCUAGUGGCGGAGAAGAGUGAGAAGAAUUCACCGGCAUUCAUGAGAAAUGACUCAAUCCUUGAUAUAAAUCCGACAAUUGACUUCGACCAGGAUAUGGAGGACACGGAGGCGAGUGUGAAGAGUCAGGAGGAGAAGAAAUCCACGCCCACGAGUGUUCUCGUGACCAUACCGGAGCCAUCGAAGUGGGAACUUGAUGAGGAGGCUGGUGAGAGUCAUACAAAGUCCAUCCCGAGUGACGCGAGGAACUCCUCGAGUCCAGAGCACAAGGGUGGGAAUAAAAUGGUGACGAAUGAAGUGCUGAAGAGGGCGGAAAAUGCCCUCUUCUCGCGUGCCAUCAAUGCCAUUCGUCCAAUUGAGAUACGGAGCAUCAAUGCUGAGAGGAGGAAGUUGUAUGAGGACGAUGCGGAUGUUGUGGCUCCUGUGUCAUCGGUGAUUGUGAAAACGAGUCCGGCUAAGGAGUUGCACACCUUCCAGAUUACUGUGCCGACAAAUAGUGACGGUGUUGAGCGAUCAGUUGAAAUAAAGAGUGGCGUUGAUGGCAAGGAGAAGUUGAAGAAUAAGACUUCUCCUGUGCGUUCCAUCAAAGAUCGCCUUGGCGUGAAGAUUGUCGAUGACAAGGAGUCUCCGGUGGCCUUUACACCAACGCUGGAGUCGGAGAUCCGUCGAAGCUCGCAGAAGCAGACGGGCAAGAAGGAAUCGGCUCAGUCGCCGACGGAGAAGAGGAGUCGGCACAAUUCUCCGAGAAGAGUGGAUGAUCGGAGUCGUCGUGGUCAAUGGAGUCAGCGGGAGACGAAAAGAGCGCCCUCGCGAGAGCGGCGAGAUCGUGGCGUGCGAUCCAGACAGGCUGAGCGUCCUGCCAGGGAUAAUCGCAAUGUGAAGCCUUCCGGGGGCAGUGAGUCACGCGAGAGACGGCAGGAAGAGCGCAAGACAGAACGGGGUCGACGCAGGAGUCAAGAAAAGGUGUCCAGAGACAGGAAGCGCUCACCGACUCCGCGUAGUCGUCGAAGAUCGCCAAGCAAGAAGCGCUCGCGAAGCCCGAGACAAUCGCAGAAUCGCGAGAGAACACGCGAUAAGAGGAGAAGUCCUGAGGUGAAGAAGAAUCCUCCAAAGGAGGAGGUGAAGAAGCCACCAAUAGUUGAUGAGGACGUGAAGAAGCUCGUCUGCGAUGAGUCAACUUUUGAACCGGACUAUGAGAAUCCGCAGCCUGGCGAGCAAGAGAUGGAGAUGGAGGCGAAAAUGAGGGCCGCUGGUGAGGAGAAGGAGCCGAAGGAAUUGCCAGUUGCCGAUGGGAAGGAGUCCUUCUCACCAGAACCACUCAGAGGUGAGAAGAAGGCGAGCGCGAGUGUCUCGAACUCCUCAAGUUCAGACUCAGAUUCGUCUGAUGGCGAUAAGCGCAAAAAGCGGGCAAGUAAGCAUCGUAAGCAGAAACGAAAACGUUCUUCGUCGACAGAGUCUACGGACAAAUUGAAUGCGUCGAAGAAGAUGAAGAAGAGCAAGAAGAAAUCCAGCAAGUCACAUAAGAAGAAGAAGAAAAGCAAGCAUAAGUAAGGUUCUCAGGACGAAACAUUGUGUGAAAGUUGUACUCUUCUUAUAGGACCUAAUAUAAUAUAAUACUGUCUAAGUAUACCUUAAGAUUUCCUCUGUGAGUGAGGAAAGGAGAUAUUUUAUCAGUUUAAUUCCCUUUCGAUGGGACUAUUCGAUCCAAAACGGAGAAUUUUGUGUCCAGAUUAAAUUUAAAGAACACUGGAGAAAUAUUGAAUUUAUAUAUAUAAAUAUAUAUAUAAAUAUAAUAGAAUAGAAUAUAGUGUAAUCAUGAUUUUAGUAUGAGUAGAACGAAAAUGGAAAUAGAAUUGCGAAUAUAAAAUGAGGUGGAAAUUUUCUGUAAUCAAGUGUUCAAUAAAUGAAUGGCAAAAUUAUGUAGAAUGCUUAUAAGUGCAUAAAUGUAAUAAGGAUUUCAUUAUAAAUGCUAUGAAAUAAAAAGGAAUAAAAAUUA